CGUGUGGUGGACGUGGUAAGAGCGCUACUGCCCGAAGCAGUUGUAGAGUUGACUCGUGGCUUUCAAGAGAAAAGAGUGUGAUACCAAAAUGCCUGGGAAGACCGUGCUGGUGACAGGUGGGGCAGGAUAUGUUGGAUCCCAUACUGUUGUUGAGCUUUUGGCAGCUGGAUAUGAUGUUGUAGUUCUAGACAACUUGUCCAAUGCUAGCAUGGAAAGCAUUCAUCGGGUGGAGGAAAUCAGUGGCAAGAAAGUGCCAUGUUUUGGCAUUGACUUGCUGGAUAAACCUGGUUUAAGUAAGCUAUUUUCAGAGCAUAACUUCAACAGUGUGAUGCACUUUGCUGGACUGAAAGCUGUGGGCGAAUCCUGUGAUGUGCCUUUAUGGUAUUACAGGUCCAAUGUUGGGGGCACACUGAACUUGUUAGAGGUGAUGAAAGAACAUAAAGUUCAUAACCUGGUUUUCUCCAGCUCAGCCACUGUGUACGGGUCACCUCAGUAUCUGCCUCUCGAUGAGAAACACCCAGUUGGAGGGUGCACAAAUCCUUACGGAAAAACCAAAUUCUUCAUUGAGGAAAUGCUCAGGGAUUUGGUGAAAGCAGAAAAGCAUUGGAAUGUGAUAUUGUUACGCUAUUUCAAUCCUGUUGGAGCACAUGAAUCGGGGAAAAUAGGGGAAGAUCCUCAAGGAAUUCCAAACAAUCUAAUGCCUUACAUCUCACAAGUGGCAGUUGGGAGGAGAGAAGAACUCAAUGUGUAUGGCAGCGACUAUGACACACCUGACGGAACAGGUGUUCGUGAUUAUAUACAUGUUGUUGACUUGGCAAAAGGCCAUGUGGCAGCCAUUAAAAAACUGGAACAGAACUGUGGAUGUAAGACUUACAACUUAGGAACUGGAAAAGGCUAUUCUGUUUUGGAGAUGGUGAAAGCAUUUGAGAAAGCUUCAGGAAGACCUAUUCCAUACAAGUUAGUGGACCGUAGAUCUGGAGAUGUGCCGUCAUGUUAUGCUGAUCCAGGCACAGCAGAAAAAGAGCUGGGAUGGAAGGCCACCAAAAACUUGGAUGAAAUGUGUGCAGAUUUGUGGCGCUGGCAGUCAUUGAACCCAAAUGGAUUUCAGACAAAAUCUACAGGUGCAAGUUAAUUAAUGUGAACAUUAGUAGAAAACUUAUUGGUGAUAAUCUUCUCAUCUCAUGCCCGAGCCAUAAUUCUCUGAACUAAUUUACACCUAGAAUGGAAACUUUAUUUAGAUGUUUGUUUUGAGUACAGUAUCUUGAUUUUUUGUGUUUCUUUUGCUAAAUAAAUUACAUGUAUAACACUUUCCUGGUAAGAAAAUGGUGGAAAAUGAGUAUAAUUUUUAUUAUGAAGCAAACAGAAAAACUUUUAUUUGGGAAAUCUUACAAUAUUUUAGUUUCAAGGACAGAAGGUUUAAGAAAUGGGAUUAACAACACUCUCUUACAAUGCUAUGACAAUAGCUGGAAAUACUGUGUGACAUGACUUCCCAUGUUCCCAGUUACAUAUACACUGUAUACUAGUCUUAUGUAUUUCAUUUCAAGUAAGACUUAAAAAGUCUCUUUUUUUUUUUUUUGCAUGUAAGAAUUGUAUAUUGGACAAUUAUUUGAGACUGAGCUUGGUUUAUUGUUAUUUUUUGUUGAUGAUAUGGGAUUUCAUAGUUUGUCACAGGGUGAUUUAAAGUUGAAAAAGCAUUAAAAUUACAAAAUCGUCUUUAAAUUUUUAUUCAUUGACAUAUUUUUACAUUUUGAAAGGUGUCAUAAUACUUCUGUGUAGUUCUAGGUUUGCCAUAUCAUCCACACAUCAUCACUAAUUUAAAAUUUGUCUGGUACCAUUAUGUACAGUAUUAUUGUUGGUAUUUAUAAACCCUGUAGAACUGGCACUAUUUCAUGGGAAUACUUUAAUGUUUACAUUGCAGUUUUAAGAUUUUGAACACUGAAAACUAAGGAAGGUUAUAUUUUAGACUGAUUUACAUAAAUUAUUCCAUGCCGACUGAAAUGAAAUGUGGGAAAUUUUGGAAAUAGGAAGCUUGUUAUCAUUCCAUCAUCACUUGGUUUGAAACAGUCUUCCAAAUCAUAGCCAGAAUCAUUAAUAUUUGUAGAUUUGUUUCAAGAUUAAAACUGUAUUUCUUCCAUAUUUUUAAGUGCUUUGAAAUAAUAUAUAUAGACAUUAUCUUUGUUACACUAUAAUUUUUUUUUAUAUGCAGACUGGCAUUAUUUUGUUGUAAUGUAAAGUCAACGAUUUGUAAUAGUAUUCUUGGGGUGUUGAAAUCCAUUUUAAAAACUGAUCAUUGUGGCUUGCUCAUAUCACUUCUAGUUGAUUUGUAGCAUACAUCAUUUAAUUCUUGAAAGUAUCCAGAAAUAGUGAAAUGUAGUCUUGUAAAAUGACCCUAAACAUGCCUUUUAUUCUGAUUUCUCUUGGUGUUCUUUUCUCUUGGUUGUUCUGAACACCAUUGUAACAACAUAAUUUUAUGAAGCCUGGAAUGUCCCAGUAAAGCUUUAUUUUGACGAACAAAUUACAAUGUGUGAAUGUGCAUAAUAUAACCUUGGAAUCUUUACAUUGAAAUAGGAGGGAUAAUUGUGCAUAUUGACAUAGAUGUAGUUUAUAGACAAAUUUCUUAAACUUUGUGAUUUUGGAACUUCAUUAUUUAUAGUGGGAAAAGUGUAAGGUUUGAUUUCAUAGGAUUUCAAUUCUGUAAUAAAUGUGUUUCCUUUUCAUCUACAUGUGUAGGGGAUUAUAUUUUGGUGAAUGUUUGGUUUGUUACCACAUUGAUUUACAAUUUUCAUCAAAUGUCUUGCAUGAGAUUAUGAAAUUUCUGCUAAAUAGCAAUACUUCUGUGUGUAUACAGUAAUUUAUAAACAAUUGUUUUUGUAGUCCUUAAAGUUAUGAUUAGUGGUGAAUAUGACUGCAAUAAAAAAAAUCUUAAGGUUCCCUGUUCACAGCCUUUUUGUGACAAACAUGAGAUGACACGAUUUCUGCAAUAUUUAUGAACAAAGAAUUGCAUUCAGUUAACCGUUAAGUAUUUAACUUGCACAAACAUGUGCAUAUUCAUUUACAGAAAUUAAAUUGCUGUGAGAGAAAAUCAACUUCUAUGACAGUUUUUGCAAUCUGAAUGCAUCAUUUAUCCUAAGCCAAAGAAUAAUACAUUUAUCUUGCUUUUAGUACAACACCCACCAUACAGUUGAAUUAACUGUGCUGAAAAUCACUUUUUCAUUGACUCGGUUGGCAUUGUGUAUGCUUGGGUUUUCCUCAAUGGGCUCAAACGUUGCCAGGGUUUCAGAACACAAAAUAACCUCUGGAUUACAAUUUAUCAUGCUGCAAAAAUUCAUAUUUGUGAAGGUUGAGGGAAUGUAGAAGAAUGUAAACAAGGGUGCCAAAUGCCUUCACCUUUAGGCUUUUUUCUUGUAUUUUACCGGUUAAAGCAUAGAAAAACAAAAACGACUUUAUUUUGUUGAGGGUGGUAGAUAUGGAGAUCACAUGCAUGUACGUCAUCAUACUUUCAUGGUGGGCCUUUACGUAGGGAUCAAUUGAUGUUAAAAGAUGCAUAAUUUCUGGAGUUUAAUUUAUAUC